GUUAUAAUUAUAGAUGAGAAAAAAGCCACCUCAGCAGCUGCUGCUUCUGUUUGUUCCCGGCUAUAACUGUCAUCAUUGGGCAAAUUGGCAUAAACAGGCCUCCACAAGUGGAAAAUCAUUUAACCCCUGAGCUUGUCUGGGUGCUCUCAGUGGCCACAAAACAGAAAGAAAACCUGACUGUGCACCAGCAAAGGGUGAAACGGAGAGUGCCUCGCCGACCGGGAGGGCCCUGGUCAGGGGGCGCCUGAAGAUUUUCUUUCCUGUCGGAGACUCCAAAUCACAUAAAUAGAAAAAACUAUCCAAGAUGACUGUCACUUACUCCAGUAAAGUAGCCAACGCGACCUUUUUUGGAUUUCACAGGCUACUCCUCAAGUGGAGAGGCAGCAUCUACAAACUACUGUACAGGGAGUUUAUUGUUUUUGCUGUUUUUUACACAGCGAUAAGUUUGGUGUACAGAUUGUUACUUACAGGAGCCCAAAAACGUUACUUUGAAAAAUUAUCAAUUUACUGUGACAGAUAUGCUGAACAAAUUCCAGUAACCUUUGUGCUUGGGUUUUAUGUUACUCUGGUUGUGAACCGAUGGUGGAACCAGUUCGUGAACCUGCCCUGGCCAGACAGGCUGAUGUUCCUCAUCUCCAGCAGCGUGCACGGCAGGGACGAGCGCGGGCGCCUGCUCCGGAGGACACUGAUGCGCUACGUCAACCUCACGUCCCUGCUCAUCUUCCGCUCGGUGAGCACCGCUGUGUACAAAAGGUUUCCAACGAUGGACCACGUGGUGGAAGCAGGUUUUAUGACAACAGAUGAAAGAAAAUUAUUUGACCACCUCAAGUCUCCUCAUUUGAAAUAUUGGGUUCCAUUCAUCUGGUUUGGAAAUCUGGCAGCGAAAGCCCGGAAGGAAGGUAGAAUCAGAGACAGUGUUGAUCUGCAAUCAUUGAUGACUGAAAUGAACCGAUACCGCUCGUGGUGCAGCCUCUUAUUCGGUUAUGACUGGGUUGGGAUCCCGCUGGUUUACACCCAGGUUGUCACUCUGGCUGUCUACACCUUCUUUUUUGCAUGCCUGAUUGGACGCCAGUUUUUGGAUCCCACCGAAGGCUACGCUGGGCAUGACUUAGAUCUCUACAUUCCAAUCUUUACUCUCCUACAAUUCUUCUUCUAUGCCGGAUGGCUCAAGGUGGCUGAGCAGCUCAUCAACCCUUUUGGAGAAGAUGAUGAUGACUUUGAAACGAACUGGUGCAUUGACAGAAAUUUGCAGGUCUCUCUUUUAGCUGUGGAUGAAAUGCACAUGAGCUUACCCAAGAUGAAGAAAGACAUCUACUGGGACGACUCUGCUGCUCGCCCCCCAUAUACACUGGCAGCUGCUGACUACUGCAUACCCUCAUUUCUGGGGUCAACAGUCCAAAUGGCGCUGUCGGGGUCCGACUUGCCCGGCGAGGAGUGGCUGGACUACGAGAAGCACGGCCAUCGCCACUCCAUGAUCAGGAGGGUCAAACGGUUCCUGAGCGCCCACGAGCACCCGGGCAGCACGCGCGGCCGGCGCUAUGCCCGCCAGGCCAGCGAGAGCUCCGCCUUCCUCCCGCCCGGCGACCUCAGCCCCCCCAGGGACCUGCUGGACGUGCCCUCCCGGGGCGCCCGCCGCGCCCGGCAGCACCUGGCCCCCGAGGGGAGCCCCGCGCUGCACUCCAGCCUGGGGGAGCUGUCCACCAUCAGGGAGACCAGCCGCACCAGCACCUUGCAGAGCCUGACCCCGCAGCCCAGCCUGAGGGCCUCCCCCGUCAAAAUGCCGCAGGUCCCCGAGGUGCGGAUCACCGCCCCGGGGCCCGUGGCCGAGGACCUGGGGGACUCCACCGCCUCCUUCCAGAGCUUCGAGUUCACCGGGGUGCCGCCCAUGGGCCCCGGGCUGCCCGGGGACCCCCUGAGGCUGAUGGUGUUCCCCUCAGGGGAGGGGACGCCUCCCCGAGGCCCCAGUCCCCAGACUGUCUUAGCCCCAGCUGAGCAGGACCUGUUCCCCUUCGCCCCCGGGGAAGACCCUUUUGCGAACGACGCGUUCCCCAAAAGGUGGAGCCUCCCGGGGUUCCUGGAGUCCAGCCACACCUCCCUGGAGGGCCGAGGGCCGGAGCCCGCCAACCCCGAGCCGCCUCCGUUGCUCGACCCGGAAACGUCCUCCGAGACCAGUGGCAUCAACUUCGUGGCUGGCCCGCGAGCCUCCUCCGACCUGCUGUAUUUGAUGGAAACUCUGGACACCAAGGAAACGGACAUCGUAGAAUUUAACAACGAGCGCACGGACGGGUCGCCCGGAGGAAAGCCAGCGAGCGCCAGGACCUAGUGCUCGUCUCCAUCCUUCCCUUCCCGGAGGUUCAGCAUGAGUUGCAGGACAUGUCAAGGACUGGUCAGUUUCUAAACAGCAAUCACACUGUAUAAGCUACUUAAAACUCUGGAGGGCAUUAUGAUCCGGACGUUUUCAACUAAGAAAACCCAGCACAUCUGCAUCAUCCACCACCGCGGGGCUUCCGUGGACGCUACCCUGACGGCAGUGAUGUAUCUUAACCAAAUAAGGAGCCUUGAAUACAUACAUGAUUUAUAAACCCAUAGAUUGUCAGUUUUGGGAAGCACCUUAGAGAUCAUAACACAAUCCCCUGGCUUUGCCAAAUAGGAAGACAAAGAACUGCCUAUUUGUUUCCUUUUCUUCUUCUUUUCUUCAAUUAUAAAGACAGGGAGAUGGCUCAUAAAAUGCCUCAAAUGCUGCCUUCUAAUGACGAGCUUUUGUUUGAGGCUUUCCUACACUUCACUCCCACCUUCUAACCUGUUAUUAUCAUCGCUUCCAUGUUCUUAAGCUUCAGCUUCGUCUCCCAUUUCCUCUUCUCCUUUCACCGCUUCAUUUUUCUCUGUUCCCACUUUAUUCUCCCAUCUUCCUCUAGUCCCCUUCUUCCUAGUCUUGCUCCUUCCCUAACACUCCACUCUGACCCACCUUGCAGGUUAUAGUAUUUGCUCCUGCCAACUCGGUUGCUUACUUUUUGCCGUGAUUUUCCAAAUGUGAGGCACUGGCAACGCCUCCCACAGAAUAACCGAAGAUGCCAACAAAUCCACUUGACACACUUCCAGCCCCUCGGCGGAGAGGGUGGGAGUCCAUGGAACCCCGCACCCUGGGCAGCCAUGGCCGUUUCUCUCGGCCUCCACUCUGAGGCCUGGAACACUGGACAAAACUGAAGUCAAGAUGGGCAUGAGACUUAAAUAACCACAGGCUAUGGAACCAAAGAAUACCAAAGCUUGAACGUGUUUAACUCGAACUCUUAAAGCCAAAAUCCCAACCUUGUCACAGCGUGGGACCAGUUACUGUGUCUGCCAGGUUGUUUGGGAUGAGGUAGGACGUUGGAGCUGGGAGGUUUAGGGGGUCCAGGACUGCACCAUGGGGAUGGGACUGGGACUCACUCACUCCAAGGAGCUCUUGGGGUGGCUGCCAGUGGGGGGCUCCCAAUUUUGUCUGGAAAGCCAUGUCUUAUGAGUGCUGCUCUCACUAUUUCUGUCAUGUGAUAAAGCUUGACUACAUAAGGUUUAAGAAAUAAAAUAACCCUAAUAGCCACCAUGUACUGAGUGCUCACAGUGUUCCAGGCAGCAGCACGGAAAGUUCACUGAUGACCUCACUAAUCCUCACAGGAAUCUUAUGAGCUGAUAUACUGUCGUCUCCAUUUUCAAGAUGAAGAUCCCAGAGGCUUUGGAGAGGUAAAAUAAUUUGACUAAAACCACACAGCCAGGAAGUGCAGGGCUCAGAUUCAAACCCAGGUUUCUGACUCAGGAGCCCAUACCCUUAGCCGGUGAGCUCCCUCCCUGUGCUGUGCCAUCUGCAAGGCCCUGAAUCUGCCAGCAAUUUGCCCAGAAUGCCAGAGGGAGGGUGCCCUGAGAGAACCAUGCCUGUGUUUCUCCAGCCUUGGAGGCCUCCUUCGGUCCUCCCUGCUGAAGUCUACCUGCAUCUUUUUUUUUUUAAUAUAUUUUUUAAUUGAUUUCAGAGAGGGAGGGAGAGAGAAAUAGAAACAUCAGUGAUGAGAGAGAAUCAUUGAUCGGCUGCCUCCUGCACUCCCCACACUGAAGACUGAAACCCUGACCGAGAAUCGAACCGUGACCUCCUGGUUCAUAGGUCGACUCUCAACCACUGAGCCAAGCCAGCCAGGCUACCUGCAUCUUUAAUACAUGCAUACAAGAGGGCAUUGCUCCAUGUUGGAGGCCCAGGCAUGGUCCUCUUCAUUUUCCUGAAAGAAGAAAGUUGGCAACCCCCCCCCCCGCCCCCGUCCCCUUCCCAACUCCUCCUGAUAUGCAAUGCUAUCAUUAGCACAUUUUCACAAGGCAUUGCAGCAUCCCAAUGACCACCCCAGCUGCACGACAGCAAUGGCAUUUACCUUACCUGGCCUUUCUCAAGGACUAAAAGCAAAUGCUAUUGGAAGAAAUGCUAUACAUGGAUGGUUUUCUAUGUUGGUUGAUAGUGUUACUACCUGGGAAGGCACUGAUAUCCAAAGCAUUACACAGACUACAGGAUCAAGCCCCAAUAUAACACUUUUAAAAUGUAGAAACCUUGCCCUAGCUGGUUUGGCUCAGUGACUGGAGCAUUAGGUCCCAGACUAAAGGGUCCUGGGACCUAUUCCAGUCAAGGGCACGUACCUUGGCUGUAGGUGCAUGCAGGAGGCAACCAACUGAUGUGUCUCUCUCACAUCGAUGUUUCUCUCUCUGUAUCUCUCCCCCUCCUUUCCACUCUCUCUAAAAAUCAAUGUGGAAAAUAUCCUCCAGUGAGGAUUAACCAACAAAAUAAAAUAAACUAAAAAUUUAAAGGCAGGAACCUUAACCUUCUCUUAAUACUCUUCUCUUUAAUGUUUCAACUGAAGUCCCUCUACUUUCUUCUCUUUGGCUUUAUCUAUUGCUCAAAUGCAAAUGUUUGUACUUUGCUGCUUUUGAAAUAUAAUUAAUUUUUGUCCCUAAAUGCAAAUGAUAAAUUACACACAAAUAGAAUCAUGCAUUUUGUGUUCGUUUAUCUCUGCUUCCAUCCAUCCCUCAUGCACCUUUGUGCAGGGAAUUAAUGUCCUUGAUAUUUCAUCAAAAUCUGUGAUGGCCUCCCCUUUCCUCCAUGCACCAAAAAAUGAACAAUGAUUAGUUCAACAAGCCUAUCACCUAGACUGCUGGUUUUCAGUUAAACAAAUGUAAAGUGACAUGUAACUACUGUUUAAUUGGCACUUACUUGCCAAUUACACAUCACUAGUUGCUGUGUAGUAUGAUAGUUAUCUGAUUUACUAAGGACAUUUAGCAUCCCUUCAUAUACUCCUUAGUCCUCAUGGGACUCCUAUUUUAAAAAUUGCCUUUUCAAGUUCUUUUAUCUAUAUUUCUCCUGUUGGUUUCCAGGAGUUCCUUCUAUAUUUUAGAGUGAUAAUAGGCCCCUGUUGGUUUUGGACAUCACAACAGUUUUUUCCAAUCCUUUGUGUGUCUGUUAAAAGUGUCACUGGUGUUCACUGUUGAAUAGAAAGCCUUAAUUUUGGUAUAAUCAAGUUCAUCAAUUUUUUUUGUUUGUUUUAUUCUUUUGAAGUUUUGGGGGAGAAAGUCUUUCCCCACCCGUGUCAUGAUUAUUCUCCUACAAUUUUUUCUAUUAUCUUUAUAACAUUAGGUAGAGAAACAGUUUUCUUUUUCUCCAUAGAAUGAGCUAGUUUCCCUACAACCCCUCCAAUUAAAAGACCAGUUAUAAGUUCCAUGUAUUUCUUGCAAAUCAGAUGCGCUGGUAUGAAACAAAAGAGCAUCUGAUAGAACUAAAAGAUAGGGUGGUAUAUAUAUAAAAGCCUAAGCAACCAUUCGACCGACUGGUGCUAUGAUGCACACUGACCACCAGGGGGCAGAUGCUCAAUGCACAGGCAUGGAAACACAGAACAGACUGAUGAAUCUCAGAGAGAAGGAGAGACAGGGGAGGUCAGGAAGAGAUUAACCAAAGAUCUUAUAUGCAUACUAAAGGCCUAGUAUGCAGAUUCGUGCACCCGUGGGGUCCCUCGGCCUGCCUGCGGAGAUUGGGCUGAAACCAGCAGUCCGACAUCCCCUGAGGGGUCCUGGAUUAUGAGCGGGCACAGGCCUCUAAUGAAUGAAUAAAAGAAAGCUGAACUUAAUCACAUAAAAUUCUACCUCCUCCCCACUGAAUACAAACUUUCUCCAAAUGCAUCUCCUCUCUUGUCUUCCAACUGGUGCUUUUCCUCCUUUCGGUGCCUGGAGUGUGUAAACUUGUUACCUUCCUCUAUGCAAAAACCUACUAAAAACAGGCCUGUCUGUGAUCAGGCUGAACCUAAACUGCAGGAGUAAAGUCUGGUACAUACGGAGCUCUUGCUAAAGAACAGUGAUGAUGUUGCAGGACCCUUCAACACUCAGAAGAGGGCAGGAUGGAAUCCAGACAGCUGGAGCCCACCACUGAACUAUAUUUAGGGCCCGGGAUCAGCAGAGGUGGGGGCGGCACACCAGGAGGCCAGCAUCUCUUGUUCUUGCUGGCUGAGACCUGCCCUGUGUCUCUGGGACUUUCCCAUUGUCUCCGUCUUUGCGCUCCUGGAACAGGCUGUGCUCAAAGAUGGGUGGAUGUUGGGUGUUUACUGCCACACCUGGGAUACUUGCAGAUGG